AAUGCCAUCACCUCUGCUCUAAAUGUCAAGCAGCUCCAAAAAGUUGCUGAUAAACCUGAGACAAAAUUGCAUAGAUGAUCUCGUAGGAUAGCUCCUUCUCCGGCAGGCCCCGGCGAUCCUUUUGCCGCUCCAUCACAAUUUAGUACAUACCAACCUACCGUAGGUGGCUGCCAAUUAAUAUAGAUGUUACCAGCAAAACUAUGGCAAGAUGAGACGUCAAUCAACAAGAAAUCACAUGGUAAUAGAUAGUGAAUAUAGCAGCUUAGAGAGUUAGUAGAGUAAGCCGGAAUCUACUCCACAUAUUGAUCUUAACAAGAUAAUCCUGCCUCAAUUUAAAUUUGUACUUUUCCUGGUGUCUUUUUAUCUUCUUUUUUUGCUUCAUUCUUCUAGAGGAGGUUAUUACAAUCAUGAAAGGAUCUCCAAUACCACCUGACCCCAACUACAAAAGGAGUUUAUAUAUAUGUAAUCAACCGAAUCAAUAAAUUUGGAAAAGAAGUGUCAAAUUUAAGAAAAGGGCUGAAGGAUAUCAAAAUGAAGUUACUCAGCUGGAUGCAUCGGAAGUUACAAAAAGAUGCCACAUGUUCACUGCAGGCUUCGGUUGUUGGGAGCUCUUGCACUUGCUUUUUGCUAAAGCCAUCAGCCAACAAUCAAGGAGAUAACCUAACGCCAAGUAAAGACUCCAUGCAGAUGUGGCAACGAAGACAACAAUGUCAGAAUCACCUUAAGGAAUUCAGUGCUGAAAACACUGAAGAGUACAACGGAAACCCUUCCAUAGAGAUAUUCCCAGGCUUCCUAACAAUUGGAACUCUUAGUGUGGAGACAAUAUCAGAGGCCCCAACACCAACAUUUGAUUUUCCUCAUGAGGUAAUAAAUGAAAGUGGUAUGGCAGAAAUGAGAUAUGACUUGAAGCUUAUCAAUGAAGAGUUGGAGAAAUUUCUCAAGGUUGAAGCUGAAAAGGAAGGGAACACUGAAUCGUCAAGAAAAAACAGUAAUGCAAGUACUAUUACCCUAAGUGAAGAGGUACAGGAAGAUGUGAGUCAUCACAACUCUAUCAAAAAGCGAGUAUAUCCCCUGCAAGGAUAUCUUCUUCGGUCAUCCAACCAACUUCUGGAAACAAAGCCAAAGGCAAGGAAAGAAAAGGCAUACCUCAAGAAGAGUGCAAUAAUGGACAUAAGCUCUAUCAAAGAGGCUGACAGAACAAAGAAACAAGCCACACACAAAAUCAAGUCGUCUGAUCAUCUAAUUAACAAGUUGCUGCACCCAACUCAAUUUUCUCCUAAAUUCUCCAAUUGUUUGAGCGGCCAUGCAGCUGAAUCAUUUCUGACUCUGAGAAAACUGAACAAGAUCAACAAGUUUUUCCACAAAAAAGUUCAUCCUGAAAUCAACAAGGUUGCAUCUACUGCAAAAGAUCCCAAGGUCAGCAAGUACAAGAACAAGAUUCUAAACUCCAUUAAUACCAAUGUAGACUCAGAACUUGGCUGUGAAAGGAGUACGAUGAGCUGUUGGGGCACCCUCAAGAAAGGAAAAAAACACUGCUUCAAUACUGAUAUGAAACUACCCCAAGAUACAACCACCGAGAAAAUUUUGGAUCUUACACUAAAAGACACUAGUGGUGGUGCAGGCAAGGAGCAUUGGAUCAAAACCGAUGAAGAGUAUUUUGUAUUGGAGCUGCAGCAGAACGAGGGAGUUCAGAGUUAGAAGUUAUUCAUAUAAUUACAUCUAGUAUGCAUACAGUGAUUAGUAAAGCUAUGCAUGAUUGUACAUGAGCUCAAGCAGUAUACAACUAUGCGCAAGAAGCUCCUCUUCAAUCCAUAUAAAGCAUGUGCUAGUGAUCUUUGUAAUAAGCCUUAUUAUCCUUAUUUUCUAUUUCCAAUGAACAUAAAUGUAAUGUGCUUUGUAAUAAUCAA